GUUAUUUUGAUACUGCGUAAUUUGAAUCCACCGCGACUUUGCAACGGUACUCGACUUUCGGUAAAGAGACUUAUGCCGAAUUUAAUUGAGGCAACCAUUAUUAACGGAAAGUACGCAGGUGAAAAUGUAUGUAUUCCUCGAAUACCAAUGAUUCCGACUGAUCUUCCGUUUGACUUCAAACGAUUGCAAUUCCCAGUUCGCCUUGCGUUCGCAAUGACAAUUAAUAAGUCGCAAGGCCAAUCGCUUAGUGUUUGCGGGAUAAAUUUGGAAAAUCAUUGUUUUUCACAUGGACAGUUAUACGUUGCGUGUUCACGAGUUGGGAAACCAUCCGCUUUGUUUGUGUUAACGUCAGACCAAAAAACAAAAAAUGUGGUUUACCAAAGAGCACUACAAUGAAACAAUUAAAUAACACUUCAUUUUAGUAGGUAAUUGAAAUGAAUUUAUUACUGUUGUGAAAUGAAAUAAAUAUUUUCCUUUUCAAAUAUAUAACAAAAAAAUUUUUUUUUCUUUAUCUUUUAAUCACCAAACGAAAUG